AGGGAAAACAAACCAUCUAAAAGUACCCCCAAAGAAACCAUCUUCAAGCAAAAGCCUCAAAAUAAUAUUUGAGUGCGCGCGGCUCGGACAGUGUUUACGGACGAAUUGGAUUAUUUAUCGGAGUGCUGAGAUUAAGCCAUUUUGAUAAGCAAUUAAAAAAAGAUAAUACCGUUUUGUUGGUGCGGGCGGACGCGAUUCGGAAUUCGGGAAUAAUAUUGCCAUUGAAGAGCCAAGAAAUGUGUUCAGCUCCUGCGGGCAACGCCAAGAAUUAGCCAAGUGCAGUGUUUAGCAGCCAAUAAGUGAUACAACGUGCCUACCAACCAGUAAGGAAAUAAAUAGCCAUCACCGCAUCCCGGAGCCCGGAGCAUCACGGAGAGGAAUCGAGGAAGUAAUCACCAGAAGCGGCAAACAUGGCGACUGAGAUCGACGAGCUGAUCGAACAGCUUAAGACGACCACCGUCAGUACUGGGAACACCACAAACCUGCUCUGCGAAAUCUCGGCCACCAAGGACCCCAAGCUCUUCGACAAGCACGAGCUGGCCGACUGCUUCCUGGGCCUCACCAGGUGCGAGGACACCAACGUGCGCAAGGAGGCGGCCAAGUGCAUCGCCGAGAUCACAAAAUCGGAGGUGCAGCGGAAAAAGUUCACCAAGCGUGAGAUCAUAGCGGGCUUCCUGGAGUGCCUGAAGCAAGUGCCCACCCCGGAUGGCAGCAUGGAGCUGCCCAUACAGAUCUGCCGCGCGCUGGGCAACAUCUGCUACCUGAACGACGAGGCCAGGGACCUCAUUCUGGAGCUGGAGGGCGAUGCUGUGCUGCUGAAGCUGCUGGACAUUUCCACCAUCGAGGACGAGGCCAAUGCGGCGCAGUUCAUCAAGGUGCGCGGAGGACUGCUCUCCAACUACCUCCUGGGCGGCGAGGGCCUGGCCAAGCGGGCCAUGGAGCUGGGGGUGAUGAAGAAGCUGCAGGCCAUCAUCGACACCGGAGCCUCCAAUGUGGAGGUGCACGAAGACCUUCUGCUCAACACCCUCCCGCUGCUCAGCAUCCUCACCGAGAACGUGGCGGACCUGAACUUUGAGUCUGCCCUCAACAUCCAGCUGUCGCGCAUCCUGGCCGCCUCAACCAACCCUGACCUGGCCGAGAUGUGCCUGGAGCUGCUCCACUACCAGGCGGAGAGCGACGAGGUCAAGCUGCUGCUGGCCAAGGACGGUCUGUGCGAGACCAUCUACAACCUGCUGGAAAAGUACAAGACGCUGGCCAGCACCAGCGAGGCCCGGGCCCUCAUGAAGCUGGCCUGCGAGCUCAUCGUCUUGAUUCUCACGGGAGAUGAAUCGAUGCACUAUCUGUACACGACACCGCUUCUGAAGAACAUGGUCGACUGGCUAGACUCGACGGACAUCGAUCUGCUGACCACCGGGGUACUGGCCCUGGGCAACUUUGCCCGCACCGACAGCCACUGCAUUUACUUUGUGGAGCAACAGACCAUGACCAAGCUGCUGGCGGUGCUGUCGAAGAACAACGGCGUCAAGGAUGACGUGCGUCUGCAGCACGCUCUGCUGAGUGCGCUGCGCAACCUGGUCAUUCCCAAGCCCAACAAGAACGCGGUGAUCCAGGCGGGCCUGGUGCAGACCAUCCUGCCCAUGCUGGAGAUCCACCAGCCGCCCGUCGUCUUCAAGCUGCUGGGGACUCUGCGCAUGACCGUCGACGGCCAGGAAAAACUAGCCCUGGAGCUGCUGAAGAACAAGACUCUGAUCGAGCAGCUGGUGCACUGGAGCAAGUCGUCGGAUUAUGCGGGGGUCACUGGGGAGUCGCUGCGCCUGAUGGCCUGGUUGAUUAAGCACGCCUACCUCAGCAAGAUCGCCUACGCCCUGCCCCGCAAGGGCGAUGCUCCCGCCGAACAGAUCGCCGACAAGAUUCCCCUCACCCAGGACUACGACCGCUCCAGCCUGACCGAGUUCCUGGCCAACGAGGGCACCGUGGAGGCCAUGGUCAGCAUGCUCACGGCCCAGCACCUGGUGAUGCAGAACGAAGCCCUGAUCGCCCUGUGCAUCCUGUCCGUGGUCUACCUCUCGCAGAAGAACGAGGCCGGCCAGGAGCAGGCACAGCGGCUGCAGGACGAGCUGAUCAAGUGCGAGGUGGGCAAGAAGCUGGCCGAGCUGAUCAGCAAGUCGUCCGACAGCAUGACCAAGGAGAUAGUCGAGAACCUGCAGAACUGCGUCAACUUGCUCAAGUCUUCCGAACAGCUGUUGACGCACCUGGAGGAGAACAACAUCAACGAGCUGUUGAAGUCCAUACCCAUUCUCACCGAGUACUGCACCUUGUAAGCGGAUGGGGAGGCGUGUAAUUGCAUUUAAACCAGCACCGAAGGAUGCCUCACCUAGUUAGGGGCUCUUAGCUCUAGACCCACAUGUAGUUUUCACCUUAGAGCAACGAUUCAGAUGUAGACUUGACUGUAGUUUGGUAAGAUGAUGAUGCAGAUGAUCCACUCCAGAAUCGCACCCCAACCUGAGAAAAGCGGAAAGUAUUUUUUAGACGCAAGCGUAUUUUGACUGCAUUUAAGAUGAAUCGAUGGAAUAUAAAUCGUAUAAAUAUUUAUAAUAACGCAUAACUUAUACGAAUACGAAUAAUAUUAACAAUUUAGCAUUAAAAUCUUUUCUGUUAAAUGAUUUUUAAGAGCACAAUAACAACAAAUCGAGGUGAUAUCGCUAAAUAUAUUUAAUAAAUGUAUUUUAUGUAUUGUACUUAUAAUCUUUAAUUGAAAACUUUUAACCCCCGUUGCUGGCACGAUACCAAAAACGAUACGAAUACCGAUUCUAUAAAGCGCACAAUGUAAUUUAGGUAUUUUAAUUGGUGCACAAAAAAAACAAAAGAAAUAAAUUAAAAAACAGACACCAUUCAUUCGGAAAAUUCUCAGAUUGCAUUUUUAAACAAAAAAAUUAAAAACAAAUCUGCAACUCCGUAACAAUCAGUAAUCCACAGUUGAAACUUGAACGAAAAUAUGCAAUUUUACAAAGCGUAGUCUUAGAAUAUAUUUCAAAUUUUACCAAUUAUUAAAACACAAUGUACUACAAAUUGUUUUGGUCACAAAAACUGAAAGGAAAAUAAGUAAAAUAUAGAAGAGCACAAUAUAUGAAACGACUAUUGUAAAGCGUUGAACACAUACACAUAUAUUUAUAAAUUCUAAACACGAUCCUGUACAUUUGAUAAUUCAAAUAAAAUUUGAAAUGCAUGAGAAAAAGAGAAAA